AUGCCACCACCACACUCUCAAAAGGCUUUGAAGAAUUUCCUAGGCAAAGUGUCAUAUCUCAGGAGGUUCAUUCCAGCCCUUGCUGAGAUAACAUUUUCCUUUGGGACACUACUGAAAGGGAAUCAGAAGUUUGAAUGGUUGCAAGAACACCAGCAGGCAUUUGAUGUGGUGAAGAAAGCACUUACAAUGAUUGCCCUACAACCCAACAAGCCUCUGCUCCUGUACCUGAUGUCUACACCUCGAUCUAUUGGGGCUCUACUUGUCCAAGAUGUAGAUGGUAUUGAGAAGCCAGUCUAUUACAUCAGUCGCAAAAGUUCAAGCGUGCUUUUCCUGAUGGCGGGGGCGUGGCUUUUGGCUCUAGCAGAAUAUGACAUCACUUGUGUUACUCCCAAGGCUAUUAAGAGCCAAGCACUUGCAGACUUACUGGCCCAAUUCCCAUCUGGUGAACAUGAACCUGCAGAGGUAUCUCUACCAGGUGCGGUCCAUGUCUCAGCAGCUGCAGUUGAAGCUUAUCGGGACUUAAAAUUUGAUGGAGCUUCGGGAUCUGGGAAAGGCAGAGCUGGCAUAACACUAACCAGUGAAGAAGAAGAGAAGUUUCAUCUAUCAUAUAAGCUUGAUUUUGAAUGUUCAAACAACGAGGUUGAAUAUAAGGCGUUGAUACUGGGUCUAAUCGCUGCCCAAAAGAAGGGACUCCGCAAGUUGAAAAUUUUGGGCGACUCCGAGUUAGUUGUCAAAUAUCUUUUUUAUACAAUUUCACCCUCUGAAUAUUGCAUUUAUCUUAUCCUGGAUAUGACAUUUUGUCCUUUGACUAAGAAGUUUUGCCUGACAGCUCAGGAUUUUCAUAAGGACACUGGUUCUCCUGUGGGUGCGCUAGUUUCUCAAGAUGUUAACAGGUCUGAUGACUUGAAGCAGCUUUAUCCAGAGCCAUCACAAUGUACAUGUUAUGUCCUGGAAGAUGUUUCUCUCAGUGAGCUUGGGAACAGUCUGACUGAAUUUUUACAUAUUCAAGAUGAUAAAAAAUUGGCAUCAAGCUCCAAUUUAGUUCAACCUGCCGACAAGACUGAUAACUUCAAUGUGGAGAAGGAAGAUAAAUGCAAAGAUCUAGAUCAAACUGAACCAACCACUGUAACUUCUGAGAAAUUUUUUCCCAAAUGUGCAACAUUUGCAUGCUCUGGUAAGAAAGCAUCCCUUGCUGUGUCUGCAAAUGUGGAAGAUGACAUAAAUGCUGCAGUAUUGGAGAAAAAUGGCCAUGAAUCUGUUAAUCCUGCAUGCCCUCAAUCCAUUUCCUUGCCUACUCCUUCAAAGCUAGUAACUGCCAUAAAGGGUAGUCGUGAGAAACAGGGGAUGACACCUCCAGAGAAACUGACCGUCAGAUGGGCGCCUGAUGUGUAUGAUCCUCCUCCAUCAAUAUCUAUAUCCACAUCUGGGAAGAUCAAGAAACCACGGCCCAAGAGUGAAAGUAAGAGGUAUUAUGAUUAUAAGAACGGAAAAAACAAGCAGAAGGGCAAACCUUCUAAAGGGAGCAGCAGUAAGGACAAGAAACACGUUCGAAAACAUAGUGGGAGUUCUAACAAGUAUUACCAAAUGCUAGACAAUGAUGACAGAGUGGUCGACUAUAAUGAGCCUUGCGGUGAAUCGGGGGGUUUUGGUGUUGGUAGUCCAAACUCAUAUUGUGGGAGUAGUUUCCUUAAGAAAUCUGUCAGAGAGUUGCAUUUCUCCAUUGCAGAGGCUACAUGAGCCUUAUCUUCAAUCACCACCGAGUACUCCUUUCUUCUCAUUCAUGGUGUUAAUAAAUAAAGUACUGUUUUAGGGUCUUGUUGACUGUAGUUAUAGUACUUCGGAAACUUUUGACAAUUUUCUUCUGCAGUGCUGCUAUUGGUAAGUCUGCAUUGACAUCCUCACAAACUUCAGGUUUUGUCUGUAGAUGAGUUUUUACAAUCUAAGCUGGCCUUUCUUUUUUCUUGGUUUAAAGGAAAUUGUCGUGCUCUUGUUCUUCAUCGAUUCUAGUCGGUGGGUGUUCCUGGUUUAUGUUAUUUCAUGUGUGGUUGGUGUUGGAAUUUUGACCAUAGUUUAUUAUAAACCAUUUUCCUGCUCCUGUUCGGCCAGUGGGAAAAGUUCUCUAUUCGGAAAGCUGGAACUGUAUUCGGUUAUAUAAUUAGGGCUGAAAGGCAAGUUGUGUGUUGAGUUUUU